AUGGACGUCAACAAGAAGAAAAGGGUGUGGAGGUCGGGAGAGAAGGAGGAAGAGGCAGGCGUCGGCGCGAAGCCGCGCGCUGUCUCGCGGCCGUCACGCGGAUCCGAGAGCGGAUUCAGCAUAGAGCAUCUUGUCCUUGCACGUCCACCACGACCUAGACAGCAUCCUGUAUAUCAACCCUUAGAGUGUUUUGACCGUCACAGCUCGAAAGUAACCUACUUCCUUCUCCGCUCUCCGGUCGUAAUUUCCUUCCUCGCGCACCCCCCUUAUUCCUUUCUUUGUUCCGUGCUGCUCGUGCUGUCCAUGCAAGCGACCAAAUCCUAUCAAUCUGCUCUGCCUGUCGACGAUGAUCGCCAGAAUCGCUUUGUCAACGCUCACGACGAUGAAUCGGGGCAUCAACUCUCAUUGCGCGAGCGCGCCGCUAGUCAACCUCCUCGCACGUCCAAUCAACCCUUCCUCCAACCGUCCCCUAGUCUAGGCCGGGGCAAUCCUGCAUGGGCCAAUGCAUCUCGUUACCUCAACGCGCCUGGCGGCAUGCCACAAUCCGUACCCACUCGCAGUUCUUCGUUCUCUGCUACACCCCUGGGUAGUAGCCUGUCAGCCAUGCGCGAGUCGAGCUUCGCUUCGACAUUUGAAGAUGACGAGUCCGAGGCCCUUUCUGACACCUACGACGACCGCUACGUUUCCCCGACGAGAGGCCGCUCUUACGCUAUAGACCUCACUCGUAGCCGCUCUCAAUCGCUCGCGGCGACUCGCCCUGUCGCUGUCGGCAGUCCAUUUUCAUCUUCGUUGGGUAGCUGGGAUGAGCAGGGCACGCAACCUCAAGGGAUUCCGGGGCGCUUCGGUGACAUAAAGCCGCCUGGGGCGGGCAGCCGGUACGGCUCUUACGGUCCUAUCGGGCGUACGUCCAGUAACACCGGGAAUGGCUUCGGCCGCUCGCCCAGCCAGCAACUCAUCGAUCCAUCCAACAUGAGCCCGUUUGUUCGCGACAUUGGGCAGAUCGUUCUUGACGAAGGCUCCGCCUUUCGAGAGAUGUGGCCCGGUGCGCGUGAGGAAAACGGCGGCAAUUCUGGCACAACCUCCCGCAGGCAUUCAGUCAGCGUUGUGCAACCUAGACGUCCCCAAAUCGUCGGUUUCAAUGCGCCUGGCGUGCAGGGUGAUGACGAGUCCAUCUCGCGUCCAUCCGUCUUCUCUCAGGGGUCCUAUGGCGGUCGCAGCGGCCUGAUGUUGUCCGAUGAUGACCUGGCGGUCGAUCUCGGAGGUCUUUCCAUAGGGAAGGACGGCCCAGGCCCGGUCUCGUCGUAUAUGCCACCCAGCCAGCCCUCUUCACUCCCUGUGUACAAUCCCUCCAGGAGUCCGCCCAUAGGCCAAGAUCGUCAGUCGCCUUACCAUGCGCUCAACCUCAAUAUUCCGCAGCCUAUUGGCACGCCCUCAGAGACGAGUGGGAGUCCUGCUGUUCACCAAGAUUAUGACGCCCGUGGUUUUCGUCAACAGAAUUUCCAGCCUUCCCCGAACCUUGCGCGCUACGUUCCCGGGCAAGGGAUCAAAUAUGUUGGCGUACCCGAAUCACCGGGCGCGUAUCGAUCACCUAUCUCACCCACUCAGAUGCAGCGCCAGAACAGUCUCUUUGGUGCUCCGUUGCAGCGACGUCCUUCGAACGCCGAGCCGUCCGCCGCCUUGAACGAUCUCGGCCGUGGAGUACCGCUUCAUUCCGUCCCAGCUUCUUGCCCUUUGUUCGUCGUCGAGUUCAAGGCUGGCCGCACAGAUCUGUUCUACUCGAUGGAUCCCAGUCUGCACAUCCAGGAGGGUGAUCUCGUACUCGUAGAGGCAGACCGUGGCAAGGACCUCGGUAAGGUCGUGAACGCUACCAUUACGCUCGCCGAAGUCGAGGCCAUCCAGGCGCACCAAGCUGCUAUGGAUGGACCGACAAGUCCUGGAGGCACCUCGUUGGGUGCGCCCAUUGGAAAGAAGGAGAUAAACCCCAAGAUGAUUUACGGCAAAGCGACGGCGCAGGACACCCAGUUAUUAGUGACGAAGAUGCAGGAUGAGAUGAAGGCUUUGCAGCUUUGUCAACAGAAGGUUCGCCAGAAGAAAUUGCCAAUGGAGGUGGUCGAUGCCGAAUAUCAAUGGGAUCGUCGCAAGCUCACAUUCUACUUCGUCGCGGACAAGCGUAUCGAUUUCCGUGAACUUGUCCGCGAAUUAUUCCGUCUGUACAAAACCCGUAUCUGGAUGUCGUCACUGCAGGCGCCUGGCUUCGAGCAAUGA